GCAUUUUCGUUCAGUUGAAUUGAAGCCGAUUACGAGUGCGUGUUGUUACGGCGCGGAGAGCAAAGUUUUGAUAAAGUACUCAUAGAUCAUGGCAGCAACUAGUGUUGUGGUUCUCGAUAGGGGAAAUAACACAACUUGUACUAUUAAUUUACAUGGAGCAACAGUUGUUUCUUGGAGGGUAAACAAUCAGGAGCAGUUAUUUGUAAGCAAACAAGCUGUUUUUGAUGGGAAAAAAGCAAUCAGAGGAGGCAUUCCAUUCGUUUUUCCACAAUUCGGAGCAUGGAAUUAUGGUCCACAACAUGGAUUUGCCAGAAUCGUUCGUUGGAAUUUGGAGAAAGCGCCGGAAAGACUACAGAGUGGAGAUGUAGAAGCUGUAUUCUCUUUAAUAGAUUCCGACUAUACGCAUUCAAUGUGGAAUUACCCGUUCCGUCUCACUUAUAGAUUAAUUUUGAGGGAAAAAGAAUUGCACUUCAAUAUUGGUGUGUACAAUCCCAGCAAAGACUUGCCUUUUAGUUUUAAUCUACUUCUCCACACAUAUUUCAAAGUUCCUGAUGUAAGGCGUUGUCAAAUCACCGGUCUAUAUGGUACAACAUUCAUUGAUAAGACUGUCGUUAGUAAUCCCAUGUACCAAGAGGGCCGAGAAGUUGUCAUGAUCGGAGAAUGGACGGAUAGAAUAUACCAAAAUACACCGCAUGAGCAUGUUAUCUCAAAUGUUGUAUCUGGUAGAAAAAUGAGGAUACAGAAGUAUAAUUUUCCAGACACAGUGGUUUGGAACCCCUGGAUGGAAAAAGCCAAAGAAAUGGCUGACUUUGGUGAUGAUGAAUACCCAAACAUGAUAUGCGUGGAGUGUGGGCAUGUUUCCAGCCCUGUUAUUCUGUUACCAGGAACUGCAUUUGAAGCCAGUCAAAUUCUACAGGUAAUGUGAGUAGAGGGAGUAGCCAGACAGUUUGGCGAAGAACUAACCAAAAUCGGUACUGUUGCUCAUCGGCCGUGGGUGUCAAUAAACAACAUGAGUGCCUGCUGUUUUUCUGACAAGUCACAUCACAAAAAAGGUUGCACAAUUUGUUCGCUCAAUUUGUAAAGAUCAUUCCAAAAAUCUUAUCAUUGUCUAUUCGAGGCUGAACAUUUGUUUUAACCAAUUAGGCUGUCCCCCAAUUUAACCAUUGUUUUUUAAUGUCUCUUUUUUUUCUUUUUUUUUUUAGAUAAUCUAAUCCGCUUUUUAUUCCAUUACUUUACUUUUAAAGAUAAUCACAAAUUAUAGUGAGUUUUCUUUUAAAAAUCGAUCGGUACCAAUGGCAAAUGCAUGUAAAUAUAUAAAGAGAGAACAGGAAAAUGUUUCCUAAACAAUACCUCCCAGAAAAUACUUUGUCGGAAAAUUGUUUUAACUGUCAGAAAUUUUAAAAAGUCCUGUUGGGAAAAAAAUUAAUUGUAUGUUUGUCAAAACCAAUUGACAAGAUGCGUAACAUGAAGCAACUCGAAGGCAUCAUGACUCAUCGGAAAUUUUUGCCUUGAUUGAAAAAUGUUUCUGUGAACUCCACUAUCUCUGCCAUUUGAACUUUUACUCGGUUAACUCUUAAGUAGCUUUGAAAAUUUACAUCUGUGAUCACAAUGAAAGGCUCAGAUUUUCUUCAUCUCCUCUACUAUAAAAUUUAAUCAUGGUACACUCCAGUCUUCCAUCACCUCAAAUUUUUUGUACAAAUAAGUUUGGUCUCUAUUGAGUCAAUUGUUUAAGGUUAGACCCACCGUAAGUUAUCCAAUGUUUUCCUGUGAAAACUUGAAUGAGGCACUACAUAUUUCCAAAAUUUACCAGUAAGCUUUUACUUUUUUAGUACUUUCUCUUUGACUAACAUAAUCUCAUCACAGCCAAAAAUUUUAGCCAGAUAUUUUUAAGUCUUACUUUAAAUCAUUUAUGAAAGCCUGUGGAAGCAAGAGGUAGAGACUUAUUUAUAAACUUGACGUUGAAUUUUCCAAAGUUGUUGAUUUGUUAACCUCAUUUUGUUGUUAUGUUCAUUUUUUUAAUUUUCCGUACACUUGCUUACAAUGAAAAAAAUACAACAGUUGAUCAACUGCAUAAAUUGUCGUCUCGAAAAAGCGGAUCUCAUCUGUGCUGUUUCAUUAUUUCUCCGAACAUUUUAUUUUUUCAUAGGAAAACCGUCGCAUAAAUCAGUCUGAAAAUUUCAGAGUCUUUUUGUCUGACGACUGAAGGUAAAUAAAAACCAUUAGUAACUUUAAAAAUGCAUGUGACGUCUUUUAUGAACAAAUAAAAUGUAAGUAAGAUAUUCUGAAAAAGUGCGAUUUAUAUGUAUUCCUUUGUGGAGGAGACGACAAAAUCUCUGCACAACACUACUUUCAGGUGGGCUCACUUUUUGUAUUUGAACUUCCUCAUGAUUCCACUUGAGUUUAUUUCCCUGCUUUUGGCUCUCUGGGGUUUUAAUUUUAAGAAUACCGAACUACAAAGUUCUGUACUUACAUAAUUUUCUAUUACUUAAUGAUUUUAGGUUGUCUAUUCUUUCAUCUGCUUGGCAACUUAAUUUAAAACAAAUUACAAAUUGGAAACUGUAAAAAAUGUAUCAUGCAGUAGGUUAAUUUGUUCCUAAAUGAUGACUGGCAACCAGCAGUUGCCCACCCCAGAUUUAUGGUUGUUAAAAGUAUUGCUUAUUUUAACAACUUAUAUUAUAGAUCAUGGAAGGAAAAGAAGCCUUGCUCUCCUAUUUCAAUUCAAGUCCGGUUUUAGCGUUGUUCAAACUCAGAACUGUAUUUUUUUUUUCAGUCAACUUUUUAUCCAUACAUGCAUGUGUGUAUGUAGUCUUCUUGUGCCACUAUAGGAUUAAUAAGAUCCUGGCAAUGAAAAUCAAGGUGCAAGUUUACAAAUUUAAGAAAUCUCCAAACUGUUGAAAUUUUUAUUUCCCCGAGACUAGAAGGAAGCACUUGAUCAUGUAAUUGUAUCCUUCAUAUUGAUGAUUGAACUUCGUUCUCGUUCAGAUUGUGUUUUUGUGACUGAUCUACAUAACUAGUCCUUGUUCAAUUAACGUCAUUGAGAAUUGCCUGUGUCAUUUAAUGGCUACAGCAAGAUGCUUGGAAUGAAAUAAAUGAGGCUAGUGAUAGGAGGGUUAGGUUAAUCUUCUGAUAGUCUUCAUCAUAAAAUAUGUCAACACUUUAGUCUUAUUCUGAAAAAAAAAUUAAUUAGCCCCAAGAAGCUAAGUUUUCAUUUUUCUUCGAGUUUGACGCAAGUUGAUUCUCCUUACACCGAUGCUGCUGAUCAUUGUCACUUGCAUAGCACUCUUUCAUCAAGAAAUGAAACACUUGGACUAACCAAGAAUCCCUGAAAGGGAGGCAGGAUUUAAUUAGGACCUUUUGGAAUAUUUUUUAACCGUUUCUGUUGGAUGACCUAGAGAAGAUAGUUCAUUGUUAAUUAUACCUAUUAGGUUAAUAGGAAAAAUCGAAGAGUUUGCUCAUAGAAGGGUAUAUUGAAAAAUUGGUCUUUGUUUCACGAAUCAAUCAUACAGCAUCCUCGAAAACACAUCAUGUUCUUAUUAUGAUUUUUUGCUCCCAAGUGAAAUUGGAGAAUAAUAUGUGCGCAGCUGAUUUCUUAAAGCUUCAAAUGCGUUUUGCUCGAAGUAGAGGUUUUUCAAAGACACCCUCUGGGUGAACUCUUCAAUUGUAAUUACAUAUUUCAACACAGCUCAAUGGCCUUUAACUAAAUGUGAAAAUGUGAAGAACUGAAAUCUGCUCCGCAAUUCCUUUGUGAUGAAAGUGAUCCACAUGUUCAUCUACCUAAAUCUUAGAAAGCCCAAACUGGUAUUUGGCACCUGCGUAGUGUGAAUGAUCAACUCUUUUUAAUCAUGGAAUUUAUUAAUCUGCCUCAUUAAAUGUAUGUGUUUAUCAGGGAUUGAGGAGCUGUACCUAUCCGUCUUUGGAAAAUACCAAUUAUCGUUUUGGGUAAAAUGAAUUUCUUAGCAAUAGUGUACAUAGCAUUUGUAGCAAUAUUACCUACAUGUAAAUGAUCUAUGAAAUUCCUUCAAGUGUACCUUGAAUAUUGUUUUUAUUUUUAGCCAUCAAUUUGUUUGUAAAGUAAUUUAAAUUAAAUACACUGUCUGUUUUUUA